AGCUAGUUGUUUGGUAUCUGACACAGUUGUAUUAGUCUCGUUCCCCUGUCUAAUAAGGUAUCUUGUUUUUCUAUGAAAAGAUUAUUACAAAGUAUAUAUACUAGCAUUAAAUGGAAAGAAGACGAAGGUCUAGAUCUACUGAAAGGAGAACAGUAAAAAGACAAAGAGGCUCUUCAUCAGUUUCAGACUCUAGCCCGUCAAGAAAAAACUAUUUCAAAGUUCAAUUAUGGAUGAACAAAUCUACCUCACAAAACUCUGGACCUUUUACACUGUGGAAAGGAUUAGACUUUACAAGUUUGGGAAUUAAUUAUGAUACUAAAAAUCUUUCUCUAGAAGAAUUAUUUUCUUUAGUGGAAAACAGAUGUAAUGAUAAAAUCAAAGACCUGCCUGAAGUUACACAAUUGUUAAUUAGAUUGACAAAAGAUUAUUUCAAACUGUCCUUCAAAAACAUUGGUAUAUUUGAGGCUAGCAAUAGAACAGAGGAGGAUGUUAAAUUAGUAGAGGAUAGCAAUUUUCAGCUUAACUUGGAUAUCAACAAAGAAAUUAAGAAAUUAUCUGAAUUCAUCAUUAACAGACCUGAUAAUACAGGGACAUUUUACAAAUGGUUCUUAAAUUUGAAACGUUUCCAUUCUCUUGACCUGAAAAGAUUUUUAUAUACUCUCUGUCAUAACUAUGAAGUGAAGGAGAGGGAUUAUCAGUUACUUUUUAUGAAGUUUACUGAAAUUUUUCUGAUGGAACCAAUACCAGGUGAUUGCUGUGAAAAUAGUACUGAAAGAAAUGGUGAGAUGUUGGUAUAUGGUGCAGAUAUCAAGUAUGAAAGACCCCAGUCAACGAAAUCUGUUCUCAAUGUUUAUGUAAAUGGGAUAAAUAAGCACAAUAAAAAUUUGUAUGAAAAUAUUGAUGAGAGAAAAGAAAACAAGGUUAUAGACUCAUUAUCUGAAGAUCUGUUGGAUAAGCUGGCAAAAGAGCUCUUACUUGAAAGUCGUAAUUCUUGUUUUUGUCCUGGAGUUAUUGGAAUACUGUGUUGUGGAACAAAAAUAAUAUUUUUAUACUGUGAGGUUACUCCAAAUCACUGUAAAGCAGCUAUGGAGAAAUCAGAACAUUUAGGGGAUGGGUAUCACAGCAUUAUUCAUUUCACAAAAGCAUAUGAUUAUAUGAGUGUAAAAGACAGAAAUGAAAUUAUUCCUCAUCUCUUUUGGCUUGGAUAUGUCCAAUCAUCAAAAUAUAAAAUUUUUGAUAUAUCUUAA